GCCGGUGAAUAAAAGGCAAGUAUCUAUGAAACCACAACCAACUUCAAGGAAUGUCCUUCACAAUGAGGCAACCUUUGGCUUGAUGCCACCAUGGUGGCUGGAGUGGGAGGAUCUGCUUCAGCUGCUUGUUUUAAAGCAAACACCUGAAACGACACAAACACAAGGAGCUGAACACAACACGUUUGACCGCAGACUGCAAACUUUAACAUCGGAAGAUGUUACUUAGUUUUGUGAUUCUCUUCUUCCUCUUCUCUCCAGCAACGUCUCUGCAGUGCUACGUGUGCGGCUCCACCACCACCAAUGAAGAAUGCAACCAGAACAGGCAGAAGUGUCAGCAGCCGCUCGACACCUGCAUGACCAUCGUGGACACUUUGGGUAACAUGAAAGCCAUCGUGAAGCAGUGCGCCAGCAGCUCCACAUGCAAGGGGGCGGCCUCCACCGCCUCGGUGGACGCAGACGGAAACGGAAACACCGUCAACUGCUGCAGCUACGACAUGUGCAACCGGAGCACGGCGGACUCUGUUCACUCACACGCGGCGCUGCUGCUGCUUCUAACUGGAGGCGUUUUGCUGCUGCUAACGCACUGAGGCCAGCCUAAAAAAAAAAAAAAAUAAAUAAAUCAUGUAAAUACUGUAAAUCUAUAAAGAUUUAUUUUAUGUGUAUAUAUUCUAAGAUUUAUUACAAGUACAGCUGUAAAAUUAGUGUGGAUCAUCCUUCAUUCCUUAUUUAUGAGAGACAUUCAUUAAAAUGGGAAUGUGGCAAAAAAACACUAAUUGUUGCAACUGAAUGAAAUAAAAAAAAAUAAAAUAAAAUCAGACCACUGACAGCAAAAUCCAA